CCUGGCGGCAGUAGUUAAAGCUGUAUCUCCUGCAAUUCCUUCGUGUAUAUAAUUAGCGGCUCAGGCUCAGACGUGCUUGUGCCUGCCCAAGAGAAGAGGAGCAUCAUCGCCUACUUUCUUCUUCAUUCAUCGUCUUCGUUCCUUACCUGUCCACCACCACCGAAGCUUAGUUUGCGGAAUUCAAUUUCUUCUGUUGAUGGCACCAGUGGCAGCAGCAUCUUCAGAUUCUAUAAAGCCUAGAGAUGUUUGCAUUGUUGGAAUCGCCCGUACACCAAUGGGCGGGUUUCUUGGUACUCUGUCAUCUUUAUCUGCCACCAAGCUAGGUUCUAUAGCUAUUGAAGCUGCACUUAAAAGGGCCAAUGUUGAUCCAUCACUUGUACAAGAAGUAUAUUUUGGGAAUGUUCUUAGUGCUAAUUUGGGGCAAGCUCCCGCUAGACAAGCUGCUCUAGGGGCAGGAAUACCAAAUUCAGUGAUCUGCACCACUGUGAACAAAGUUUGCGCGUCAGGGAUGAAAGCUACAAUGCUUGCGGCACAAAGUAUUCAAUUAGGAAUCAACGAUGUUGUUGUGGCUGGUGGUAUGGAAAGCAUGUCUAAUACACCAAAGUAUCUGGCAGAAGCAAGGAAAGGAUCCCGCCUUGGACAUGAUUCUCUAGUCGAUGGGAUGCUGAAAGAUGGCUUAUGGGAUGUCUAUAAUGACUGUGGGAUGGGCACAUGUGCUGAAUUAUGUGCAGAUAAACAUGAAAUCACCAGAGAGGACCAGGAUAACUAUGCAAUUCAGAGCUUUGAGCGUGCUAUUGCUGCCCAAGAAAGUGGUGCUUUCACGUGGGAAAUUGUUCCAGUUGAAGUUUCUGGGGGUAGGGGAAAACCAUCGACUAUUGUUGAUAAGGAUGAGGGUCCGGGAAAGUUCGAUGCUGCCAAGUUGCGAAAACUAAGGCCAAGUUUCAAGGAGAAUGGUGGUUCAGUUACUGCAGGCAAUGCUUCUAGUAUAAGUGAUGGUGCUGCUGCAUUAGUUUUGGUGAGUGGAGAGAAGGCACUGAAGCUUGGACUUCAGGUUAUUGCAAAAAUAACUGGAUAUGCUGAUGCUGCUCAGGCACCGGAGUUCUUUACAACAGCUCCAGCUCUUGCCAUUCCCAAAGCUAUUUCCAAUGCUGGGUUGGAGGCCUCCCAGAUUGAUUUUUAUGAGAUCAACGAAGCCUUCUCGGUCGUGGCAAUUGCAAACCAGAAACUUCUUGGACUUAAUGCGGAAAAAGUAAACGUGCACGGUGGAGCUGUGUCUUUGGGUCACCCUCUUGGUUGCAGCGGUGCUCGUAUUCUGGUGACUCUUUUAGGGGUACUGAGGCAGAAAAAUGGCAAAUACGGCAUUGGCGGUGUUUGCAACGGUGGUGGUGGGGCAUCUGCCCUUGUUGUGGAACUCUUGUAAGCCUCUUUUCCAAGUUUGGUGUUUAUCUUGCAUCCUUAUAUGAUGACCUUUUAGAACAAUGCGUAUAGAGGGUCAACAAACUUUUUCUGCUCCUGGUAAGUUAGGGGAUUUCAAAAUUUGAUCACAAGCAAGAAGAGAAAGGAAGAAGAUAUAUUUGGACGUAUAAAUUGGUAAUGAUAAGGCGGAACCUUGUGGAAGUUAAAUUUCUAAUGGCACCAAUAGGAAAGGGGAAGAUAGAUUUGGUGUUAUGCUUCUAUUUCUAUUAGCAUAAAGUUCAAUAUGGUAUUUGUGUUUUAUCUGCAACAUGUUUUCUUCAACAAGUCUGCGGCGUGUCAAGCUUUAUGAUUUAGUUAUCUCUCAGGGCUUCGUCCCUGGAUUGCUUUGCUUUACAAGACAUGAAGGAAUUUAGAAUUGGAAAACUUUGACCAUUGUCAUUCUAAUUUUUAUGUAUACAAAUCUUUUUUAGUACAA